AUGUUACAUUAUUAAUAAUUGACAUCUAUAUCGUACAACCCAUAUGAUGCGGGUUAAAUCGGUUUAAAUACAAGAUAAAACGUAUUGUGCAUUCAAAAUAAAUGAAAUGAAAAUAAACAUUGAAUUACGAAAGAACGGUAUUCCUAACUCAUCAAUUGAAAGUAAAGGUAGCGUUAACUAUACAAUUGAAAAGAGGACAGCAUAAUUUUUCACGAGGCAGAAAAAAAAUGACAAUGAUAGAUGAUUUUUAAUUCGCAAAUAUUUUGAUCAAAAAUACAAUUAUUGUAAUCCCAUUUAGUAGAUUUAAUUUAUUACUAAACUCACUAUUAUUUAUUGCUUCAUUGCUGUAUAUAUAUAACUAGAUGAUGAAUCAGUGAAUGGAAGAAAGGUGCGCUUUCUCGCCAAGCAACUUUCACCAUCGAUGAAGUCCGAGUGCGUAGACAGAUUCCAAAAACGUUCGCUUGAUCGUUCGCUUUCUUUUAUUCUUGAGAAAGAAGAUUGAGAAGGAAAUGAAUAUCGUUCUUAACGAUACGCGUUUUUUCAGAUUUUUGAGAUUUUUUUAUUCUUCCGUGAACAAAGGUGAAUACUUGCACGUAGUAUUUCAAAAUAAAUUCAAAUAUAAUAAACUCGCGAAAUUGAAAAAGUUUCACCGAUGGUUUCGUUACGCUUCCGAUUCGAUUUCACGGAGAAUUGAAUUACUUCUCAUAUGCCAACACGCUUUUUCUAUCGAUUUUACUUUUAGUCUUGCAAUAGAUAGUCGAGAAAUCGUGUUAAUAGGUUAUUAACAUAAAAAAGGAAAUAAAAAUUUAAUUCAUCGAAUAUAAUAAAGCACGAUUCAAAAAUUUUUGAAUACUGUGAUAAUCAAUCAACGAAUGAUCUUAAUAUUUAUUAAUAAUAUCGAAUGCUACAUUUCAAAAAGUAACGCGAGUAAUAUACGUAAUAUAGUAAUUAUAAUACUUAGAUUCGCUUCGACAUAUCGUAGAUGAAUCGCUAAUUUUCCAGAAUGAUUUUUAUGUAAUAAUUAUCUUGCCUGUAAUUGUUCCACAAUUACAUGAAAUCGUUUUAUUUUUUAUGGAAGAAAAAAAGAAGAUCGAUUUCGGAAUAAUCAAUGUAUGCUCUAUUCCAUGCUGCUUGAUGUACCUGAAUGUUUCAGAAUUAUGCAUAAUAUGGAGUUUGCUAACGAGUUCCUGGUCAUAUACCGAAGAAGUCACCCAUUAUCGUUAUCAUUCUGCAUCAAACAAAUUUGGAACAUCUCAGACAUUUGUAACACCGAUAAGAGGAUGGAGAGAGUCAGAUAGAUGGGAUAAUAGCGAUCCACAAAGAUUGGGUCCACCAAUUUUUCGAAAAAAUACGCAUAUUAGACCUUACGUAAGAUUAGCGAAAGUUGAAGAAAAACGAGAACAGCCGGAUCCUCUGGUUACAAUUACCGAAACUUUAGGUGCCUUAAAUACUGUCGGGAGUUAUAUCGUUAAUAUGACCAGAGGAGUGGAAAACUCAAAUUAUCCACCAAAGGAAUUACCAUCAGCUAUAUACACUAUUUCGAAGAAUAUUUUAGGACGCAAUGUAACAGACAGUAUUGCACCGUUAGUCCGAGGUGUAGCUUUACCUCUACGACCUAUACCGACCGAAAGUUCCUCUGUCUCUUCUGUUUCUUCUUCUCCUGUAGAAAUUAAUCAAAACAUUAGGGAAAAGGAAUCAAUGAUAUCGUCGGUCGAUUGUACUACGGCAGAAGGCAAUCUUGGAAAAUGUCAGGAUUUAAGUAAUUGUCCUCAAUUGUUACUCGAUUUGACCAAACUCAGACAAUCAUUAUGCUUUAAAAGUUUAUUUGUUCCGGGUGUUUGUUGCCCAUUGACGGAUAAAGUUAAUAAUAAUGAAACUAGCUCGAUAGCCGGUAUAAUUCCAGCACCAGGAAUCGAGCCACCCAUACAUUCUCCAUCGAGACCACCAGUCCGACCAACGAAGCCACAUCAAACUCCUCGACCCAUUCCAUUGUUCCCUGUCAUUACAACUGGUAGCAUGAUUACAAUUACUAUAGAAUUACAGAAUUUACAAUUACGACUAUUAUUUACUGUAGAAUUCGUUUCAGUAUCUCCUAUCAAUCCGUUGGUGAACCAUUCAACCAAUUUCUUUGGAUCUUCAACAUCCGGCAGUACUAUUGAUAAUAAUUUUAUACAAGACGACGAAGAAUGCGGAGUGAGAAACUCGGGUAAAUAUCGAGUAGUCGGUGGAGAAGAAGCUCUUCCAGGACGUUGGCCUUGGAUGGCAGCGAUUUUUUUACAUAGCUCUAAACGCACGGAAUUUUGGUGUGGUGGAUCUCUGAUUGGAUCGCGAUUCAUUUUAACUGCGGCUCAUUGUACACGCGAUCACCGUCAACGGCCAUUUGCUGCUAAACAAUUCACUGUACGUCUUGGAGAUAUAGAUCUCGAAAGGAAUGAUGAACCAUCCGCGCCGGAAACUUACAUGGUUAAACAAAUUCAUGCACAUCCAAAAUUCUCUCGUGUUGGGUUUUAUAAUGAUAUUGCAGUUCUGGAGUUAACGAGGACUGUUCGAAAAUCUCCUUAUGUAAUACCGAUUUGUUUACCGCAAGCACAUUAUCGGAACGAACGAUUUGCUGGUGCUAGACCAACCGUUGUUGGAUGGGGUACUACCUAUUAUGGUGGAAAAGAAAGCACGGUACAGCGGCAAGCAGUGCUUCCAGUAUGGAGAAACGAAGAUUGCAACGCAGCUUAUUUUCAACCAAUUACCAGUAAUUUUCUUUGCGCUGGUUAUAGUCAAGGCGGCAAAGAUGCUUGUCAAGGUGAUUCCGGUGGUCCACUUAUGCUUAGAGCAGAUGGUAAAUGGAUUCAGAUCGGUAUUGUCUCGUUUGGUAAUAAAUGUGGAGAACCAGGAUAUCCGGGAGUAUAUACGCGUGUCACUGAAUACGUAGACUGGAUUAAAAAUAAUUUGAAUUAAGCAUGAGUAAUUUUCAUCCUAAUUGAUUUGUAUUUCCGACUUCGCAUGACAUGAUUCUUAUUCGGUAAUACAAUAUCAUUGUAAGUAUAAUAUGUGAGUGCCAAGAAUCUUAAUUUAUACAUUACCUCUUUAUAUUAUAUGCACUAGUGUAACUAGAAUAAUUGCACAUAUAUUUGUGCAAUCAUACAAAUUUGUAAAUUAUAUUAUAAUAGUUGUACAUACGCGCGCACACUUAUAUAUGCAAAUAUAUGUAAUUUAAUAAAUUAAA